UUUGCGAGAAGCGUACAUUUUCAAUACUGGAGGUGAUAUUCCACACGGAUUUUCCAGAUUUUUGCAGCACAAUGAUCAUCUGAUGUCUCCUUACCUGCUAAUACUGAAGAUAAAGAGCCAAGGGACACAAUCUUAGGUCUGAUUGCAGGGUAUCUGUGCGCUUUAUCCACUGCGAUGGAAGAUGGCAUUGACCUUGGUCUGGAUGACCUUGAUGCAGACUUCGGCAGCGGAGGGUCGGGAGGAAAACGACCGACUGAGAGUGCAUGGGACAGUGAUGAUGAGCUACUAAAUGAUGACAGCUUUGGUACAACUAAAAGAUUCAAAGCAGAUCCACCUGAAGAUGAAGAUGAGUUUGACGAGGAAGCGUUGCUAGGAGACAGUGAUGAUGAGGGGGAGACUACCCAGAAUACAUCACAGAAAAGUCAAAGUUCACAGGAGGACACUAGCCAAUCACAGGAGGAGCACAGUUUUGCAGAGCCAGUUGACCCCGGUGAAAUCUCCAUCAAUGUUUCACAGGAGUCUGAAUUCUAUGGCUCUGAAGUGGAGGGACAGUAUGAAGAAUCAGCGCAAUAUGAGGACGUCAUUGAUAUCAGCAUUGGAGAUACAGAAGGGCUUGAUGAUCUGGAGGUAGAUACAGAAUACUCGACGGGGUCCCAACAGUCACAGUACAGAACCCAGCCGCAGACAACUACACAACCUACACCUGUGACAACUGUACAGUCAGAGGAACUAGCAUCAAGUCAUGAAGAACAGUCAACGGAAACAGAAGCUCACACUGAACACGAGGAGGAAGAGAAUCCCAGCGAGAGUGAAAGUGAAGAGGAAGAAGAAGAUGAGGAAGAAGACUCGAGACGAGGCAGGUUUAAGUCGGAGAGAGUGGAGACGUCAGACCGUGCUUCAACAGCACCCUCCAAAACCAUCCUGUCAAAAGUCAACAAACCCAACAGGGAAAUACCUGAUACGUUAGAAGUGUCGGAGGAUGUGCAGAAGCAGAUUGAUGAGUUUGAGCAGCAGAAAAUGGCGGGCAGGAGGGGGCGUGGUUUCAGGGGCGGCCGCGGGGGUCGAGGGUCGAUGCCACGCCCCCAGGGACAGGGCUUCAGACCACGACCACUCUUACAAGGACAGCUUGGCCCACGUCCGUUGAUGUCUCAGCCAAGAUACGGGCCACGGGGAGGGGGGUACGGCCCCAGGGGGCCCCCUGGGCCACGGGGACCCGGCCCCUUGCUACGGUCACCUGGCCCAGGACAGCUGGCCCCCAGGAAGGUGUUGAUCAACCCUCACUUCAAGGGAACAGUACAGGCCAGACCUGAAGCUCCGUUACGUUGGGACAGGGACACCAUGCACCAACACCAACCCUACCAACCCCCUCCUCACGAAGGGCAGCACCAACCCCCUCCCCCCAGGGGACCUCACCAACAUCCACCCCCAGGCGGUCAGCCUCGACCCCAGGGGGGGCAGUUCCAGCCACCCCCUCACCGGGGACAACAGUUUCAGGAGCCCAGACCUCGGAUGGCGUCUCCCAUGGGAGGUCAUCGCCCUCCGUCCUCAGGCCCUCCCAGCUGGCAGGGGAACAGACCUCAGCAGGGACACAACAGACAGGAGCAGUUCACUUCAGGACCCCGGUUUGAAGGACCCCAGCAGCAUCAGCAGCAUAACUUCCAGCCCCGCCCUCUCCUGGACCUGCCUCCCCACUCUCACCCUCCUCACCACUCCCAGCCCCCUCCUCACCAACCCUCCGCUCAGUACCCUCCCCACAGCCAACCCCCUCCCCUACCCCCACACUCACAGUCCCAGCCCCCUCAGCACCACCCCCACAUUCACAAUGUCUCAGCACCAACCCCCCAACACUUUCAGCAGUCUAACCUCCCUCCCCACUCUCAGUCUUACACCCCCUUCUCUCAGCAGCCAUCACACAUUCCUACUCAUACCCACAAUGCUCCUCACCAGUCCCAUAAUGCUCCUCACCAGUCCCAUAAUGCUCCUCCCCAGUCCCACAAUGCACCUCUCCUAUCCCACAAUCCUCCCAGACCUUUUAACCCCGCUGCAAGGCCGACAGGUUUCCAGCAGCGUCCUCCACAGUUGAACCAGCCGAGACCUCGCAUGCAGUCCCCUCCGCCGAGACAACCCUCCCCCCAGCAGUAUCGCCAUGGCAACUCACCCGGCAACCAACGGCCGCCAAACCAGCCGCCUGCAUCCUGGCCGCAGGUGUCCCCAAACCCCGUCCAGCGUGAGCAGCAGUCUCCUCGAGCCUUCCCCCAGGGGGAGCAGCAGCCAGUGGCGGCACGGCCAAACCUCCGGGAAAUCCCACAAGUGGGAUCACUCCCUCCUCCACAACCUGCAGCAAUGAGGAAGAAGAAGCUGAGGGUGCAGAAGCGGUUAGGUCCACCUGUCUCCCAGCAGCAGCUGCAGCAGCUGACACCUGCGGAGCCAGGUCAGCCGGCUGGUGAGGAGGAUGAGGAGACACGCAAGCUGCGAGCCAAGAUUGCCGAGCAGAAACGCCUCCGAGAAGAGAUCCAGCGCAGAAAGGAACUACGCAGACAACAGCUGGCCGGAAGCAGAAAAGCUGAAUUGAUGAAAAGGGUUGCUGCACAAAAGGCUGCCGCAAACCAGGAAGAGAACCAGGGUGGACCACAGGUGCAAGACUUCGGAGCGCAACCGGCGCAAAACCAGGACUUCACCCCAGGUCCGAUAAGAACACAACCUCCUCCCGCGCAGAGAAUUCCUGUCCAACAGCAGAUAGCACACCCACAACAGCCUCAGCACAUGCAGGCAAGGAUGAACACCCCCAGACAGAACCUGCAGAAGGUGCAAGGUUUCGCUAACCGCGUGCAGCAAGUACGACCGCGAAUGUCCGGGCCACAGAGCGCGCUCCAGCCUGUACCGCAGGCUAAGACUUUCCAGCCGAGAGUACAGAACAUUCCCCAGAGGAUGCAGCUCGGGCAAAAUCGCGCGGCGAACGGGCAAGUCAGCCCGAUGAAGCCUCAACAACAACAACAACAAGAAGUGCAAUCUGCCCCUCCUGCCAGACUGCAUGUGAAACAGAGACUGGGCCUGGGGAGGGGGAAGGCUGGUAUGCAAAUGAGCGGUGGACAACAGAACCAGGCAAACGCACAGAGAAUGGUGACUCUGGCAGGGCAACAUCAACCACAACAGGCGGUUGUUGGGAGAGGACAGCCCAUCCGAACGGUAACCAGUCAGCAGCCAGUCCAGGCUUUUGACGUGGGUGCCAACGGAGACCAGCCACAUGUCAAACUACGAGUCGUGCAGGGGCCACAGGGAGGUGGUUUGCAGCAGCAGCCCACCCAGAUGGCCAGCGCACCACAGGAACAGCUACGGAAGAGGAUCGUCAAGCUGCCAAACAGACAGCAGUCAGAGGACAGCCAGAUGGGACAGCAACAGGCACAGGUACAGCCGGGGAACAACCCUAAGCGUGUGGUUCUAGGAGCAGUGAGGGGCAGGGGCCGUGGGCGUGGCCGGGGAGGAGGGGUGCAGACCAGAACAGCCACACAGGCAGCAGGGCAGCAGGUAUCCCAGCAGGCAGUGGGGGGCAUGAUGUCAUCACACAUGGUUGCCAUUGACAACCUGUCCAUGUCCACGUCUGAAGACCAGCUACGGAGUAUGCUAUUGUCUGUCGGUCCUGUAGAGAAAAUGGACCUUCUACGCUCCCAAAAGAAGGCCAUCGCCAAGUUCGCACACCCCGAGCAUGCUGCUGACUUCCAGAGAAAAUUUCACAGACACAUGGUGGACCUGUCUCAUAUCAACGUUUCUCUCAUGCCUGAGUGAGCCAAGAUACCUGCAAGUCUGUCAAGAGGAACAGCAGAGUGACAGCAAAGCUGACAAGCACCUGAAGUAAGCUGCCUGCUGCAUCCAUGGAGACAGCAGCUGUCCUGUAUGUAGCUGUGAUCUGUGUACUACUGUGGUAAGACCAGACUUAUGUUCAUGAAGCAAGCUGGUCCACAAGCUGUAUUUGUAUACAUGCAUUUCAACAUGUUGUAAAUAUUACAUACUAAGUUGGGAAGCUUAAGACAGUAGGAAAAUAGUCUGUGCUGCUGUCCUGAGUAUUAGUAGCUGUGUCUGAGAGCUGGCUUUCACAGCUGCCAGAUAUAGGCACUGUCAUAUAUACAGAGCAGCAUUGCCUAAAGCUAUAUAAAGCCAGCAAAGCCCAUUUGCUGCUCAAGACAUAAACUUCAGAAGUACCAAGCCUCGCUGUACAAGAGGAUGCAUCAACCCCAGAGCUGUCCAACAUUGCUGUCCAGCUGAAACCUACAUCUGUGUCAUCCUGCUAUCCCAGUCUGACGAAGACCACCCACCGUAGCUGUUCUUCCUUCUCCAGUGGAAUGCUGACCUUGACCUUCCUGAUGUCCAGAAUGAGCUGUUCAGUGCAAAUCUGUUUUGCUGUCCAAGAGGUGUUGGCCACAGAGCUUUGUAUCUGUAGCUUCCUGCCACAGAAAUGAGCUGAACCUGCUCUCCAAUGAGCUGUACAGCACUGAGCUGUCAGAAUGGGAAUAGCUUAGAGCUGUCAGAUUGGAUAGCAGAUUGUCUCGGAUGGAAACAGACUUGAGAGGAUUUUUUCUAUACGGACCAGAGACUCUGCUACUUUGAGAUGCUUUACUAUUAUAUAAUUUAAAAGUUCAAGUAUUUUUUUAAUCAAUGGACAGUCGGGUCAAAGUAGUGAUAUUGUGAGAAAUAGACUGGAAUUCUUUUUUUUCCAUGCAGCGAAAAUCAACUGAACUUUUUUUAAACGGAAAAUCAGAAUGAAGCUGACAUCCUUUCCUAGAUGUAAAGAGACUAUGCCAAAAUCAGAAAUUAGAUGUAUGUAACUGUGGCAUUGACAUAGGAAGGAGAGAAUGGCGAUAGGAGUGUCAGUUGAAGCAAAAAGGCUUUUUUUCCUAAUUUUUUAACAAGGUUUAUAAACAUUCAACAGCAGUCGAUUUGAGAUACGGAGAAGAUCUUCAAGAAUUUUUGUUAGCAAAAGAAACUUAUAUAGAAAAAGUAGCAAUGAAGUAAACUUGUAAAUACUUUUGAUCGGAAGUAAUGUUGGGUGUUAUUAUUAAAGUGCAUUAUGCAAGGAAAAUAAAAGUGUUCAUAUGUGAGUAGUCGAAGCUGAGUAGUUAAAGUAGUUCACCAUUAGUCAUCAUACAUUUGUUUUACCUCAGUAUUUUUUUGUGCUGUGUUCUCGAUGUAUGUCCCUCAUUUCAUCAUUUUCAUGUUUGUGCAUGUUUCAAGAUAUUAGCAGUGAUGUGUUGUAACAUGUAAUUGUUACGGGGUGAUUGGGACACACAGUAGUCUUUAUAUAGUAACCCAAAAGCCAAGGAUACAACAUCAAUGGUGUGUUUGAAACACAGUGGUACUGUUUGGGUCUCCU